AUGAAGUUAAAUUACAUUCAAACAUUAUUUUUCUUUGCACUGGUUGGCUAUGUUAUAGCCGAAAGCAAGUGUUGUCCACCAGGACAAGUUCUACUCAUGAGAAAGGAUGUGUGCUGGGAACCUAAUGCUAAUGUUACGGAACCAAUAGCGUUAAAGUGCAAAGUGACUAUUAGGUUCAUAAAAAAUUAUUAUCUCAAUGAUAAAAACCAACUAAAACUACACCUAGGAGAGGAUUUCGAUGAUGAAACAGUCGACACUAACUUGUACUGUUUAGGAAACCAUACAACAAUAAGAGAUGUUAAUCUGACUAACACCAAAGCGGUGGCUGUAGUAUGCGCUGAUGAAGAAGAGGAGAUCAUUGAUGACAGGAUUCUCGGCUAUACUAUGAUAAUCUCUAUAAUAUUCCUGGUGAUGACCAUAUUUGUUUAUAGCUUUCUACCUGAACUUAGAGAUGUUCAAGGGAAAAGUAUAAUAAACUUCUGCAUUAGUCUCGCUAUUGGCCUAGGAAUACUAGUCAUUAUGAAACUUAUGACUUAUUAUGAUAUGGGCUGGUGUGCAACUCGAGGUUUUCUAGCUUACUUCUUUCUAAUAGCUGCAUUUUUCUGGUCGAAUGCGAUAUCAAUACAGGUCUUGAUAAACACAAGACGACCUGCGAUAUCAAUGGACCAUGGCUGGAGGCAUUUUAAAUUUUAUAUGUUAUAUGCAUGGGGCUGCCCAAUGGUCCUAACAAUAUGCAUGGCAAUCGUCAACUUUUACCCGGGUAAACAUCAGAAACCGGGAAUCGGACUGAAUCACUGCUGGUUCUUCACUAAGCAUCAACAAUGGUACUACAUGUAUAGCAUCAUGUUCCUACUCUUGGUGAUCAACUUUUGUAUCUUCAUCUACACAUCGUUUCUAAUAUGGCGGAUACCUGUCUCAUCCAGUCUUAAAAGAGCGGUGAAAUACAAGCUCGGUAUGACCGUGCAACUUAUCGUACUGAUGGGUCUCCCUUGGGUUUUCGAAAUGAUCAGCUCAUUAGCACCGAAGCACGUCAUUUGGACCAUAUUGGACAUCAUCAACACGCUACAAGGAGUAUUAAUAUUUUUGCUGCUAGUUGUAUUUCGCAAACGAGUAAUCAAAGUGAUGUACAAACAUGGCUGGCUCGAUUGUAUAUCAAACUACGUUGAGAAGUACCUGGCGACGAAAGAUGAUGAGGAAAACGUGGUCCAACACACAGACGUCCCUAUGAAUGACAGGACAGUCCUAUAA